CUGCAUCCCUGAUCCUUUGCCGCAGCGUCAGCGCCGCGCCGCCGCCGCCUCUUUUCCUACUCCUCCUGCACGGCCUCCACCUCCUCUUCCUCCUCCGCUCCCUCCUCCUCCGCCUCCGCCAACGCGGCUCUCCGAGCCCGCGCCCAGCCCCGGGCGCUGCGGUGCCAUGCUGCCCCGGCGGUGGCGCUGAAGGAUGGCGACGCCUGUCCCUCCGCCCUCCCCGCGGCACCUGCGGCUGUUGCGGCUGCUGCUCUCCGGCCUCGUCCUCGGCGCCGCCCUGCGCGGUGCCGCCGCCGGCCGCCCGGAUGAAACCACCUGUCCUGGGAGCCUGGACUGUGCCCUGAAGAGGCGAGCACGGUGCCCCCCAGGGGCUCACAUCUGUGGGCCCUGCCUGCAGCCCUUUCAGGAGGAUCAUCAUGGGCUCUGUGUGCCCAGGGUGCACCGGCCUCUGGGGGAGGGCCCGGCCCAGCCCAGACUGGAAGACGAGAUUGACUUCCUGGCCCAGGAACUAGCCCGGCAGGAGGCAGGGCGCUGGCAGCUCACAGCCUUGUCGCAGCCUGAGUCGCCCCAUGGGCUCCUGGAGCCUGCAGCCACCCUAGGACUCUCAGAGAGAGGCCAGGGCCCAGACCUGGGACUCCCUCCUACUCGGGGAGCCCCGGCGCCGACGCCCCACACCUCCUUGGGUUCUCCUGUGUCCUCUGGGCCUGUGCACAUGGCUCCCCUGGAGCCCCGGGGCGGGCACGUGGAUGGCCUCGCGCUCGCAGUGCUCAUCCUUGCGUGCUCCGUGGCCGGUGUGGCCGCCCUCGUAGUGGCUGCUUUCUGCUGGUGCAGGCUCCAGCGAGACAUCCGCCUGACCCAGAAGGCUGACUACGCGGCCCCGCAGGUGUCCAGCUCCCCCACACCGUCGCGGAUCUCGCCCGGGGACCAGCGGCUGGCGCACAGCGCCGAGGUGUAUCACUACCAACACCAGAGACAGCAGAUGCGGUGCCUGGAUCGGCAUAAAGAGCCUCCCAAGGAGUUGGACUCGGCCUCCUCCGAGGAGGAGAACGAAGACGGGGACUUCACGGUGUACGAGUGCCCGGGCCUGGCGCCGACCGGGGAGAUGGAGGUGCGCAACCCGCUGUUUGACCACUCCUCGCUCUCUGCGCCCCUGCCGCCUCCGCCGCAGUGACCCGCACGGUGACGCCCAUCCUCUGGAGGACCCUCGGCUCAAGGGUGGGGAAGAGGGACCCGUGUUUCCCAAUAAAGUAA